UCAGGGAUAAGCGGACGCGUCCUUUCGUCCUUUGCAGCCGCCAAAGUGCAAGUGCAGCGUCUGAUUUCGAAAAAAGCGCGAAACUUUUCAGAGUUUAGAAAAACGUUUUUUCUCCAAAAACCGGUUAGCAAUGUCAAUUUUUUUCGAGUGUAACAAGUGAAGACUAAACACAGAACUCCAAGGGAAGACCCACUGAAAGAGAAAGCAACCCGUAGAUAGAUAGAGAGGGAAAGCCAAUAGCCAAGAGCCGAAAGACGGAAAUGAAGCUUGCACAUCUGAGAAAGUAACGGAAAUUAAAAUUUGCAUAUGCAAAGCAUCGGUGGGCGUGGGGCUCGAUGGGGCGUGGCCGGUGGCUGGGCUGCCGGGUUCAAAUCUAAAAAUGAAAACGAAACUGAAAUCAAAAUCGAAACCGAAGUCGAAAUCGAAACUGAGACUCAAGUGCCAGAAGAUCUAAACGCCGAGGAAUCCAACCCACCCAGUAGAAAGCCAGUGACUCUAGUGCGACCCGCGGGAUAUAUCUGUCCUGUUCCUGCUCAGAUCUAGGUUCAGAUCAAGAAGGUUACUAUCCAAAAAAAAGAAUACAAAAAAAAAAAGAGAAAUAAAAGAGGAGAGAUGCCGUCGCCAGGACUCACAUUUUGCUGCUCGACGGCAGGAUUUAUCGCUUGCUCAGCAAUCGUUCUGCUUUGUAGUUCCGAGGUCCUGUCCAGCUGGGAGGAGUGGUGGACGUACGACGGCAUAUCCGGACCGAGCUUCUGGGGCCUUAUCAAUCCGCAGUGGAAUAUGUGCAACAAAGGCCGCCGCCAGUCACCCAUCGAUGUGGUGCCGGACAAACUGCUCUUCGAUCCCUAUCUGCGUCCUUUGCACAUCGACAAGCACAAGGUAUCUGGGACUCUGCACAACACCGGGCAGUCCCUGGUCUUCCGGGUGGACAAGGACACCAAGCAGCACGUGAACAUAUCCGGUGGACCGCUGGCCUACCGCUACCAGUUCGAGGAAAUCUACAUACACUACGGCACGGAGAAUGGUCGCGGAUCGGAGCAUUUUAUCCAGGGCUACAGUUUCCCAGGAGAGAUCCAAAUCUAUGGCUUCAACAAGGAGCUCUACCACAACAUGUCCGAGGCCCAGCACAAGUCCCAGGGCAUCGUGGGCCUCUCCCUGAUGGUGCAGAUCGGCGAGACGCCCAACCCGGAGCUGCGAAUCAUCACCAGCACCUUCAACAAGGUCCUCUACCGAGGCUUCUCCACGCCCAUCCGGCACAUAUCCGUGAGGUCCCUGCUGCCCAACACGGAUCACUACAUCACCUACGAGGGCUCCACCACGCAUCCCGGCUGCUGGGAGAGCACCGUCUGGAUAAUAGUUAAUAAGCCGAUCUAUAUCACCAAACAGGAGUUGUACCAACUCCGACGACUGAUGCAAGGCUCCGAGAGUACACCCAAAGCUCCACUAGGUAAUAAUGCGCGACCUGUGCAAAAUCUACAUCAUAGAACCGUAAGAACGAACAUAGACUUUAAGCGGAAUAAGAAUCAAUAUGCUUGCCCCUCGAUGUACAAGGACAUGUACUAUCGGGCGAAUCGAUGGUCUCCCGACACGGGUCUCUUGAUACGUUGACGACCGGAAGGCGUGGAGAAAGGAGCAAACCAGUUAUUAUUAAUGCUAUUAUUACAAUUAUUAUUAUUGUGUGUGGUAAAUAAUGUUACAGCAAUUACAACUAUAAUGACAAAAACUGAAACUGCAACAGAAACAACUGCAACAGUAACUGCAAUUGCAACAUCAACUGAGAGGCCGGCAACGAAACAUUUUGCAUUUUUUAUGUCGCAUUCAAUUUGUAUAUUCAUGUUAACAACACGAGCUCAGGAGUCCUUUGGCUUGCCACACGGCAUUCCUACUGCAACACGGCAAUUUAUAUUAUUUAUUUCAUUAUUAUAAAUAAUAAAAGAACAGCAACCAGAGCAGCAGCAACAUGAACAGCAAAAU